CCUAUCUUCAUUGUCUUUAAAUACUUUCAUCCCCAUAUAAUCGGAAUAUGCUUGUUAGCCAUUUGUUUCUCAUCCUAUUAUGUUCACACAUAGGUUCUAAAAAUUUUACUACCUUUUUCUUAAUUGCUAAUACAAGGCUAUCUUUCAUGGGAAACUCUCUUAGGAGAAGCAGCGACUAUAAUUCAAACGAGGAAGCCAGAUCCUUGCCCAUUGACACCAUUUUCCAGCUUCCAUCUCCAAUGCCCUCUUGGCCAUCAGGUGGUGACUUUGCCAGUGGUGAGAUUGAUUUGGGGGGACUUCAAGUUCGACAAGUAUCAUCUUUCAACAAAGUUUGGACAGCAUAUGAAGGGGGACCAGACAACCUUGGCGCAACGGUUUUCGAGCCGUCCAACGUACCAGAUGGAUUUUCCAUGUUUGGUUGCUAUGCCCAACAAAAUAAUCAACCACUCUUUGGUUGGGUUUUGGUGGGAAAAGAUGAUUCAGGUGAUAUCUUGAAGAAGCCAACUGAUUACACUCUAGUUUGGACUAGUGAGUCCUUGAAAAUCAGCCAGACAACCCAAGCCUAUUUUUGGCUCCCAACGCCACCGGAUGGUUAUGUAGCCGUCGGUAUUGUCGUCACCACCUCGUCGGAUAAGCCAUCCCUCGAUAAAAUCCGGUGUGUUCGGACUGACUUCUCCGAAGAAUGUGAGACUGAUAACUGGAUCUGGGCACAAGGAACAGUGAGAAGUGAUAAUGGAGUCAAUUUAUACGGUUUACGACCACAGAAUAGAGGAACCCAAGCUCAAGCUCUAAGUGUAGGGACAUUCACCGUCCAAGACAAUGACUCUUCUUUAUCUUUAUCAUGCUUAAAAAACAACAAUUUCCCCUCAUCUUCUAUGCCAAAUCUUAAGCAAAUCGAAGCAUUAUUUGAAGCAUAUUCUCCAUUUAUUUACUUUCAUCCCAGAGAAACUUACCUUCCGUCUUCUGUAAACUGGUACUUCAGUAAUGGAGCUUUACUGUAUACUAAAGGAGAAGAGUCAAACCCUGUUCCAAUUGAACCCAAUGGCUCCAAUCUCCCCCAAGGUGGCUCAAAUGAUGGCACAUACUGGCUGGACCUUCCUGUCGAUGAAAAUGCAAAGGAAAAAAUAAGAAAAGGAGAUUUAGCUAGCUCUGAGGUUUAUCUCCAUGUUAAACCUAUGUUCGGUUCAACUUUUACCGAUAUAGCAAUGUGGAUAUUCUAUCCCUUUAAUGGGCAUUCAACAGCUAAACUGGGAUUGGUCGACAUUUCGUUGGGCCAUAUCGGUGAACACGUGGGGGACUGGGAGCAUUUGACCCUCAGAAUCAGCAACUUCGAUGGGGUUUUGUACAAAGUUUACUUCUCGGAACACAGUGGAGGCGCAUGGGUUGAUACAUCAAUGGCAGAAUUUCACACCAAUAACAAAAUCGUCGCAUACUCAGCAUUAAACGGCCAUCCAUUUUAUUACAAACCUGGGCUCGUAUUACAGGGAGGUGAUGAUAUUGGAUUAAGAAAUGACACUGAAAAAAGUGAUAUUUUUAUGGAUACUGCAGGUGGGUUUUCAAUAGUAGCGGCAGAGAAUCUUGUUCCGGCAGUGGUGGAGCCUCCAUGGCUGAAUUAUGGUCGAGAAUGGGGUCCGAAAACUCAGACUAAAGCAGGGGAUGAAGUGAAUAGGCUGGAAAAUUUACUGAGUGGGAACUUAAGAUCUGCAUUCGAGAGGGUGGUGAAUUUACUGCCCAAUGAAGUUUAUGAAGAAGAAGGUCCACUGGGUCCCAAGAUGAAGAGCAGUUGGAAUGGCGAUGAAAGAUAAAUGUAAAAUGAAUUAUUCUAAUUUAUAUUAUAUUCAGCUUAGUUAACAGGUAUGGUUGAUUUUAUUUCCCUAAAGGGUUCGCAGAACAGAAAUUUCGCAUUUUCUUGUUAUGAAGAGAAAAAUAAUAAUAAUAAGAAAAAGAGAAGAACAAAUAAAAAUCAAUAAACUUGUGGUAAAUUGUCAUUUGAGUGAAUUUGUCGAACAUAGAUGUCACCAUUCUUCUGAAUCUUAUGCAUAUGAAAGAAUUUUAAAGAAAUAUGCUUUA